GCACCCCAGCGGAGUGACUGGGGAGAAGCCGUGGGCAGCAGAUGUAAAAUGUAAACAAGAGUUUGAUUUGAAUCGUCGUUACAACGUAAGCGAUUGUAACUGCAAUUUCUCGUCGAGAAACGCGGAUAUUAGUGCGAGAGUAUGCGAGAUCUUCUCGAACCGAACGUAAACGCGUCAGGUAUAAAGUGACGCACAUCUGUAUUCAUAACCUGCAAGCAUCCGUCAUCGAUAAUAGACGCGCACGACCUAUCGUGAAUAUUAAAAGCGGAAUAUAUAAAUAUGUUUAAUUUCUAUUCGAUCGUCGUUCGUUGCGAUCGAGCGGGGAGAAUCUACGCGACGACUUAAAAGUGCGAGUGAAAAACGCGGCGGCCGGAGAAUGUAGAAGAGGAGAGGAUGCUUCAGUAGUAUGGAAUACGAUUCAGAAUCAAGCUGCGAGGGCGGUUGUUGUUCGAGGGACCUCGCGAACACCGGCGACGAUGAACCAGCUCGUCUGACGGAAGCGCGCGAGAAAUGCGAUCGCGCCUCCUGCAGCCGCUCCCCACCAUUUACGGCGGAGCCGUUGAAAUUGAAGGCAAAUUUAGCCAAGAAGAGUCUCUCCGCGCAGGUAAUGGAAUAUUAUCGCAAAUACUCCCGAGACGCGAAUCUGGAUCAAUAUUUCUCCCUACCCGUGUCGAAUACUCCGCAGGAGACUGUUAACUACUACUACAGCGUGUACGAACUGAACGCACAGGUGGGCCCGAAUAGGCAAGACUGUAUCGGAGAAGAGUAUAAUCUAAUGUCUUAUGUCCCGAGGGAGAGACGUAGGUGGGUAAGGCCUCCAUUGAUCGGACAGUCCUCAAAUACGGAUACUUCAACCAGGUACGUUGAAACGUUGACAGAUCUCCAGACACCAUCGCCCGAUUUCAAGCACCAUCUCACGCCGGAAACGAUACACGAGGAAAAAAAUGAGAGCCAAGAGAAGUUUCCCGAGAUAAACGACAGAAGGCUAUCCUCCCCAACUUCCAGCGUAACUUCUCACAAACCACUGGAAUGGGAUAGCGGCGCUGAUGUUGGUUACUUCAAUUCACUCGACCAUAAUAAGCAAGACGACAAGAGAUUAAGCACCAUAGAACGCAUGGCUCUGGCGCGAGGAUGCUCGGCUGCUUUACGGUUAGAUCCGGAAGGUACCACCGAAUCCGGGAUGCAAUCGGGGAAGAAUACAGGGGCGCAUGGCGGUUCGAAAUCAUCGACUGCGCCUGAUGCAAAUUCCACACCGUUGGUAGCGCAUGCUUCAGGAUCGGAGAACGAAAUAGAGAUAACGCCUAUUGUCAAGAACCAUUUGCCUGGCAUUAUCACGGGAGAUAAUAUAAAAUCGCAAGAGAGAUGCGUUGCGAAUGAUGCCGCAGAACCGAAAGCUAUGAUAAAGCCCACGAAACGGGAAGUACACAAUUUCGAUACCCCUACAUCAUCGUUUAAGACGCCAUUGACGCUGGUGAAAUAUUCGACGGUAGAAAGAAGGAUCGUAAAUUCGAAACGUAAAGAAAUUACACGUCCAUCUAGUUCGCCGUUGCAGAAAAGCAUCUCGAUGAAUGUAAUACCCGCGUCGUCGUCAAAAUCCUCUUUGAAGAGAAGUCAGAGCGAACUAAACUUACACGCUAAAGAAAAGAAAUCUGUGUUGCCUCUAAUCUUUAACUCUACGUCCUCUAUCGCUACUGUGGUAAAUAAACCUGCCACUUGUGAUAAAGUAAUACAGACAAGUCCAGACGUAUGCUCUCAAGAAUCCGUUGCCAUUCAAGUUUCAGAUCUUGACGAAAGCAAGUCGCCGUUGUUAACGGAGAAAGAUCCUAAUUUGCAAACGAUACAUUCUAUUUUGAAAAAGUCCAAUGGUACGUAUAAGGUCAAAAAUAUAAGAAAAUGCGAAAACGCUUCGCGUUCAGCAGAUGAUGUCGAGAUCGGUACGAGCGCGAGGGACGCUCAAAGACAUCGGAGCAGCACGGACAUUUCGCAGAACGCGUCGACCUCGAUAACACCUCAGCCCGACGAGGCGGAGAAUGUAUCCGGGAGAGCUAACAGUUUUGAAUACUUUCCGGGACACACUUACGCAAACGUUCCGAACGGGAGGGAUAGCCACGUGUCUUCGGAUACCGGUAGAUCGAACUCGACUUUACCAAACAGCAGCUCCAGCGUUAACGACAAGCUGUGGGGAGAUUCGGAUAGCUUGGUUCGAGACUUGGAGAGAAGCGUCAGCAUCCUCAAGAGCCUCGUCGACGCCAACAAAUGUGACAAGCAAGUUAAGAAAAGACUGAUACAGCACGUGAUAAAACGGCUGGUCACUGCAAAGUACACGGACGAUAAAAUUGAGCAUAAUUUGGAGGACAACGUUCCCUGGAAUCCGGACGACGCAAGGAACAAGGUUUACCGAGCCCAAUUGCUUCAGGCUUUGACGAACAAGCAUAGCACCACCGAGUCCUCGGACGAGUGGAACUUGCAGAAGAAAGAUAUAUCGAUGCAGAAAUCUGUAGGAACCACCAGUGACGUUAUAAAGGAAGUCGCAUUGGGAAGUAGUAACAGUGACAAGUUCGACCGACAUACAGAUAGAACAGAGAUGGACGGUAGAAAAGCGCGACUAGGACUAAGAACCGAUGACUGUCAGCGGAGCAGCAACACUCCGACGGAUCCUGAUAAGAGCGAGAGUUCCGAGUGUUUCGUACCUCAGCGCAAUCAUAAAAAUGCUAAGGUGAACGAUAUAUUCUGCUUCAAGGAGAACUGUAAACUGCCGCAUCGAGAAUCGACCACGACGAACAGCAUACUCCCGGAUCACAACAGGAUCUUACUAGAUGCCGUCGUUAACAAUAGAAGGACACUCGUCGAAUCUAAUAAUAAUACGGAUAACAAUACCGAUUGGAGAUUGCCGACUACCUCGUCGGAAAGGCACUUUGAAUUGAAGAAGUGCAGCAUGUCCGAGUCCGGUGAUUCUAAACUCGUUAAUUACGCCGAAAUGGAGAAGAGAAAUCAACUGAUUUGGAUUACCAAUGAAAUCAGCCAUCUCUGUAACUUGAAAAAAUUGCUAGAACAGCCUAGGCGAUUAGAAAGACCGAAAUCCUCACCGAGAAAGUCCAAAUCGGCGAAUCUCAAACCGAAGCAAACGGCGAUAGUUAGACGGGAACAACACGCCGUACACGGUAGUAUAUCCGAUCUGCGGGAGGAUUCCAUGAACGAGCCGUGGUCAUCUCACUGCAACUUGGCGACCCGCGAGGCUGUGUGUGAUACCGUAAUCCAGAGGAUCAUGAAACGUAACAGUUGCACGCAAACGACUACGAAUCUAUCCAGCGCCCAUUCGAAGACGGGAGGGGAAAUUGUGUCUGCGUCCAGAACGCAGAGAUCCAUAACGAAGCAAAUCACUGUCGGUGUACAAACGUUACCUCGGGAAAUGUCCUCGACACCGCUCGAAUCGCCGAUAAAAUCGGAUACGAAGUACAUGAAUUCUCAAAAACCAUGUUAUCAGAAUGGUGCAAAAUGCAGAGAUCAAUCGUGCCAAACACAUAAUACCGCCCGUACGUGCGUGCGGUGUAAUCAGAAGCCUGACUCCGAUACAGCUUCGAUCAGAUCGCGUAAAGGAGAUGUGUCGAUCGUUUCGCAGCAGACGCAGACGCAGACGAAUUACGCAAAUGACGACGGCGCGACGGAACCCACCUAUCCCCGUGCAUCGAAGAGUAAUACCAUCCAACAAAAACAGAAAGAGGCUAAGAAUCAAAUCAAUGCAUCCAAAUCGAAAUGUAGUUGCACUCGUAGUGACAUUUGCUCGUCCACUAACGAUAAUAAAUGUGGCCUAAACACAAUUGAAGUCAAACGAACCAUCGAAAAACAACCACUAUUUACAUGUGCAUUGUGUUCCGAACAGAAACCUGUCGCGGAUAUCAGUAAUGCCAUUUAUAAUUGUGAUGUAUAUCAAAAGAAUCUCUCCUGCACGCGUGAAAGUAUCUCGGGAUCAAAUGGUCAAACGUCGAGGAACCACAUGAAUGCGUGCGAAUGCGAUGUCAAUGUUCCUGUUAAGGAUGCGGAUAGAAAAAUCAUCGGCAAAUCCCGACAAAACUGUAACGCGGAGAAUCAGAACAGACGCGGUUUGAAUCAUAACGAACAAAAUAACACUGGAAAGAAUUGCGAUUGUGCUAAUGAACGCGUUAUGUAUCGAAAUUCGGAAACCACGACGGCGGAAACAUUAUGCGAUCAUUGUCAUUCGAGCAGUAAAAUCGACAACAACAACGGCACAACUUUGUGCCGUGCAGCGGAGCAUCAAACGCAAAAGCAAAUCUAUUCUGACAGUUCGCAAGACACUAGCAUAGUUCAACAACGUAAAGUACAAAAUAGCGUAUUAAAAUGCAAUUGUAACGAGGCUUGCUCUUGUAGUAAUAAUAAAGCGAUCAAAGAUACUGUCACAGCGUGCAAGAAUUACGCAUCGAAACCAAAUAUCGCAGAUAAUACCGGUAUUAAUAAGACAGAGAGAAAUUGUCAACAUUGUCGCGCGUGUGGUGCCGCGUAUCAAAACAUCAGAAAAUGUGGAUGUCAUCAAAUGUAUCCCAAAGCUGUUGCGUAUGAGGUGUCGUUUACGAAGGAGAAUAUCUCGAAAAAUGAAAUCUCGGAUAUCAUUCCAAUAAUGCCAAAAGUUUCCAAGCAGCCUUCGAGUGCAGCCAAAUUUGAUACCUGUUCUUGCGAUAUUAUGAAAAGGAAUAACAAAAAUAAAGUUCAUCGAAUGAGUACAUUGCAGGAUUAUUUAUCUAGAAACAAUCCCGAGUUUGUGGGCAAUGCGGAAACACGCCGACAAUAUUUAUCGGAAAUAUGCCAAUUGCGGGAAUUGAGAAAAGAGAAAAGGAUACAAUUAUUGGCAAUGGCUAGUACAUCUACUGUCAAUAAAUCCGCACCGAUACGAAAGCCAACAGCUUGCGCGCAACGAAAAAUUACCGACGAGGAAAUGAAGGAGCGGUUACGUAAACGGUAUCUCCGAUUAAAUGAAGUACGAUUCAAACGGCGACAACAGGAACGACAAGAAGAAGCACGUCGAAAUAAACUUAUGGCAAAAAUUUUUUGCAAGAGAUUGCAACAAAAGGUUUUGAGAGGCCAAGUAAAUUUAUCUCAAAGUGUCAGCGUUAUAUCCAAUUUGUAAAGUUCUUAGGGGUUACUUAUGUAGAGUGCCUUUCUAUUUUCAGAAGUCUAUGAAUAGAGCUAUCUGAGGGAUCUUUUUUUAAAUUUUUGUUAUUUUGUAUAUAAUUAUUGCAUACAUGAAAUUGAAAUGUUUGUCCAUUUAAAAUUUAGUUAAAUAAAAUAGCGCAGUUUUGCAGUACAUUCGUACAUUCACACAAAUUAUGUUAUUUUAAGAUAUGUAGCAAAUCUUCUACUUUUAUUAAUUAUUGUUGGUUUAGCAAUAUUUUAUAUUUAAACAAUUUUGUUAAAAUUAUUAUUACCUAUCCUAUAAGAAUGAAUUGUGAUUCUGUGCAUCUGCAGAAUGAACAAAAAAUAAGUGAAUUUUAAAAAAAUCCCGGAGAUAGUUCUUAAUGUUAUAUAUACUUAUCUCCAUUUUUUUUAUGAAUGCCUAUUAAACGGGAAAAUCUUGAAAUAUUCAAUUGAACAAACUAAAGACACGCCAUUCUACUUUAAUUAUAUUACCUCAGAUAGUUGCGUUAAAAUUAUGAUACUGCGUGUUUUCUUCAGAAUAAUUACACAUUAGAAGAGUGCGCUAAAAUUUAUAUAAUCUAUUUAUAAUUAUGGAAUAUAUCACAAAGACCACAGAUCUGAUCUUGACGUGCUAAAGCCAUGUAUGCAUAAUUUUAUCAUUAAUUAAUUAUUUAUCUUUAUGAGCACAAAUAACAUGACUAAAUAGUACAAAAAAAUAUCGAACCUUUUUAUAUGUAUUUUAGCUUUAUAUAUUAUAGAUACAAAAAACAGAUUCAUUAGAGAUAUGAUCUGACUUAUCUUUUAUUUUUUAAUACAAAGAUAUUAGUAUGACCGGAACAUAAUAAUAGUAAUAAUUCAUAUUUAUGCGAUACAUAUAGUUUAGCAAAAUUAUUUUCACAUGUGUCAUUUCACAGUGAAACAUAUCAUUCAUAUAUAUAUCAUUAAUCAAAAAAUGGAUGCUUUAAAAUAAGAACAAUUGUUGCGUAGUACCUGAAUCUUGUAGUAACACUUUUUUUAUUACAUAUGAAAUAAAACCUGCUAAUGAAUUCUUAUAA